GCAAAACCCAAUAAACAAAAUAUUCUUAACCCUGAGUUAUUUCAUGAAUCUGAAAUAUGUCAUAAUAUAAUUUUUACCAUCUACUCUUAAUAUCCUCGAUUGGGACACAAAAAGGCUCACACUGGAGACAGAUAGAUUGGCUAACUGACUGACAAACAAACGGAGGGCUUCGCUAUAUCUAUCAAUCUUUGUAGGAAUUGUAAUAAGUAGUAUCGUAUAUUCUAAUACUGUAUACCCAACAGAGCCAAUCAGCUCGUGUUAAAAUUUCAAACAGACAAAACCACGGGAUGACCUUUUAUCUGAGCUUAUAAAGAAGGAAAAAUUCAACAAGAGACAUUGCAAGGAGCCUGGGUGUGACAAUCAUGAUCAACAUUACAAGUUUGAUUCUGACAUUAGGAGUAGUCAGUAUUUGUUAUGGAGCCUAUACUGAGAGAGUUUUGCUGAUAUCCAUGGAUGGGUUUAGAUAUGAUUAUUUGGAUACCAUAUCUAACCUUACAAACUUUGGUUAUAUGAAGAGUACGGGAACCCAUGCUCCAUACAUCAACAACACAUUUAUAACUCUGACUUUUCCGACACAUUAUUCAAUGUCCACAGGUCUCUACUCGGAGAGCAAUGGUAUGGUCAGUAACUAUAUGUUUGAUCCCCUUGACAACACAAGCUUUGGUAUGGGUAAUGUCGAACCCAAGUGGUGGGAUGGUGGUGAACCUAUAUGGACCACCGUCAUGAAACAAAACAAAACUAGCGCCACCUUUUUCUGGCCAGGCUCUGAUGUUCCAAUUCAUGGUGUACUACCAAAGUAUUACUUUCCCUAUAAUAAAACAAUCCCAUUUGAUGACAGAAUUGAUACAGCUGUUAAUUGGCUGAAAGAAGGGAUUAACUUUGCAACCCUUUAUUUCAACGAGCCUGAUAAGCAGGGACAUGAUUUUGGGCCAGAAUCCAAUGAGGUCAUUGAAGCUGUGAAAUACAUGGAUGAAAUAAUGGGGAAGAUUCUGGACAAACUACGACAGAAUGACCUACUGGAUUCAACUAAUAUCAUAUUGGUGUCGGAUCAUGGCAUGGCCUACACCAACCGUAGCAUGAAUAUAGACUUGAGCAAGUACGUCAACAUAAGUACACAUAUAGAGAAGAUUGCCAACUAUGGGGCAGCCAUGAACUUCAUUCCAAAAGCUGGCAUGGAAGAUGCUGUCUACAAUAUCCUUAAAGAUGCCCAUCCUAAGAUGACAGCAUACAAGAAAGAGGACAUACCAGAAGAAUGGCACUACAAGAACCACCAUAGAAUUCUACCCAUGCUCCUAGUAUGUGAUGAAGGCUGGCAGGUUGUACCAGAUGAAUCCUGGAUCAGGAAUGUUCUCGGGAUGCAUGGAUGGGACAACAAUCUCAUGUCAAUGAAGCCAUUCUUCAUUGCACGAGGACCAAACAUCAAAGAGGACUUUGUGGCUGAACCAUUCAAGUCAGUCGAUUUGUACCCUCUGAUGACAGAACUCUUAGGACUGAACCCAGCCCCUAACAAUGGCACCCUAGAGAUCGUCAAGAGCUUCUUGAAGGACAACCCGGAAAUGACAUCAGUGACAGCGACACCACAACUAGCAACCACUCAAAGCUCAAGUAGCAAAAUAAUGACAGAGACUUAUAGCGUUGUUUUUGUUGCGACUACCCUAUUACUUCUUUGAGUUUAAAUUAUUUGAACAGCACAAAUAAAUGUAAAUCACAUAAGUUAAGAGUAUUCUUGAGGAGCUUGAGGAGUGUAAAACAACAAUAAAUCAUAUUUAAGUAGAGGUUAUUUUUCUACGAAACCUAAAAGUAAAAAUAUUUCACGCCAAUACUCUCCUAUUUGUAAACAAAGCAAGUCAUUGAUUUCACUUCACGUGUUCUUAGAAUAUGUGUGAUUUAUAUAAAUAAUACUUCCUUGUUAUCGUAAAAGGAUGUUUGAAAAGGUGUAAAAUGUCACAUUUUACAAAAGGGUAAAUAGUAAAUCAGAGUUGAUUUUCAGUCGAACAUAAUAAUUCAUUCCUCAAUUUGACAUUUAUUGCAUAAAUUAUAAGAACUAAUCGAUUUGAAGGAUCAUAAUAUAAUUAUAAUAAUCAACAUAUUUAUUCAGAUAAUUAUACAAAUCAAACUACAUUUAUUUAAUAAUUUUAAAGUCCUAUUUUUUUAUAUUGCAUUUAUGUACAUGCACAUCUUUUAAUGAUUGCACAAUCUUUUUAAUGAUUGCACAAUAUUUUAAUGAUUGCACAAUAUUUUCAUGUGAACAUUUAUGUCAUCAGAUAGACGAAUACAUAAUACUAUUUUUGUUGUAUAUUUAUAAAGCAGAUCUAAAAUUGAAUUUAUGUAUAAAAUAUAAUAUUGGAUAUAUGGUAUUUUAUUGUUAUGAUAUUUAUGAUAUAUAAGAUGUAAAAACGUCCAUCAAUUUAACCAAUAUCAAGGGAGAUUGGCUCCCAUGAUCCCCUAGCAUUUAAUAUAUAAUCAAACACUUCUAUCAUUCAUCAUUAAAGCGUAUUUCCAGAAUGUUUCAGAAUUAGGAAAUAUUUAUAGAAUAUCUUAGAGUUUGGGGAUUUGCCAUGCUGUUUGGCCGAUAAGAAAUAAAGAUUUAACAGCUGUCUGAACAUUUGGACUUACUAUAAUAUGUUUGGGUUAUAUGCUUUAAAACAACAUGCACCCAAAGAAUGGAGAAUGAAUAAUUUUAUAUUUUAUACAGAAAAAGAUGUUUAUAUAUCACUUACAGUAUAUUUUUAGAAAAAAUAGCUUAUUGAACAUUUCAAGCACAAGAGUGAGUUCAAUAUCCAUGAAUUGUAAUAGAUGUGAAGAUGUGAUAGAUGUGAAUAAAUUUGAAGAAAAUGAUUAGAUGGUUACUUGUUCAUACAGUGCAAAUAUGCCAAAUCAGAAAUACCAUUGAGGGAGACAAUCAAAAAUCUAGGAUUCUGUCUGUGUUUUAGCUGUUUGGUCAGGAAAGGGGCGAUUUGAUGCAAGCCAGGCCUGCAGUCAACAUUCAUCAAAAUGUCAACCACAUUUCGAUUAAUUCUCAAUGGAAAAGGGUUUGAAAUUGCCAACUUUGUGUAAAAGCCAAUUUU